GCAGCGCUUCCUGGUCCACGUAUUGAGAUGAUCACAAAUAUCCUCUUUGACAGAUAAUGACAUUUGACCGUGUUUAUACAAACAGUUUUUUCCCGUUCAUGCUCACCAGUUAAGCCCCGGCGGUAGCCAGCUGACCGGAGACAUUUGGACAUUUGGACGUCGUCUCAAAACGGACCCAAAAUGUCUUGGUUUGCUGAGUUGGCUGGAAAAGCUGAAGACUUCCUGAAUAAAGUGGACCAAGGAGCUGCCACCGCCCUGACCAAAAAACAGGAGAGAACAUCCUCCUUUUCAUCAUCUUAUGGAGUCGAACCAAUCGUCAAACCUGAGUACGACGCUGCAUACAACACCCACGCAGCUGUGACACACCAUGAAUAUGCAUCCUCUGAUGCUGCUCAGAGCUACAUCUCCGCAGCAGCUGGCAACAUCAAGAGAUCCAGCGCGACCCUGCUGGCUGGUACUGCCAACAUUCCCAGUGUCCCCUCUGGUUCUGGCAGCGGGGCCUCCAACUCUGCCAAAGCCUCAUCUGGCUUUGUGAGGCCCAGAAAGAGCGAGCAGGAUGUGGAUGACGACAUGCUCUUUAACUUUCUGAACAGCUCCGACCCUCCAGCCAGCAACAGGAGGGAUUCAAGAAGAGAUCUUGUGAAAGUGGCAGCUCCGGUUACUGAGGCCCAAAACCCAACACCUCCUCCCUCCGCUGCUCCUCAUAUCCCCUCUGUCCCGUCGACGCCCCCCUCAACCCGGGGUGUAUCCAGGGCCUCAAGCAUGAGCUCACUGUCUGCUCACAGCAUCAAAACAUCAGAGGAGAGCUCUGCAAAAGACCCAAGCCAAGACACACCUGAGAGUUCAGACUCAGGCCUGGCUGUCCCUCAAGAGUCCAGCAGACAGGAGCCUCCUGCUCUUCCUCCUCCACCUCCCACAGAGGAGCCACAGAGCCAGAUCCUGUCCAGUCUGCGUCUGGAGAACCAGCUCCUGCGCAGUGAGGUGUCCUCCCUCAACCAGGAGAUGGCUUCAGUCAUCCAGAGAGCAAAAGACUUACAAGACGAGUUGAACCAGGCCCGCAUGCGUGCAGACAGAUGGAACUCGGAGCAGUCUCAGACCGACCGGAUGGUACGGGAGCUUCGGUCAAAGGUUGAUGACCUAACAGAGGCCCUUUCUGCCAAAGAUGGUCAACUCGCAGUCCUAAAAAUCAGGCUUGAUGAAGCCGAUCAGAUGCUGAAGUCCCGCAGUGCCGCAUUAGAGGAGGCACAGAAGGAACGCUCAAGAAUCAUGCAGGACCACACAGAGGGGAGCAGCUUGCAGUCCCAAGCUCUUGAAACGAUACAGGAGAGGCUGCGAGAGGCUGAGCUGGGCCUCAGGAGGGAACAGGACAACUACCGGCAGAUGCAGAGUGAGUAUGCUGGCCGCCUGUCCAAAGCGGAGGCUGAGAGGCAGACCCUCGCAGAGACGGUGACUGCAGCAGAGCGGCGAGCUGCAGAGGAGAGGCUCAGGGUCGAAGACCUCCAGCAGCAACUGAAAAGUGCCAAAGCUGCAGCUGAGACCGCCAAACAGGAGUUACAGGACUACAAGCACAAAGCUUCACGCAUCCUACAAUCCAAAGAAAAGCUAAUCAGCAGCCUGAAGGAGGGAUCUGGUCUGGAGACGGUGGACGGCAGCGGGGCCAUGGCUCUGGAGCUGGAGGACUUGCGUCAUGAGAGGGAAAUGCAGAAGGAGGACAUCCAAAAACUACAGGGGCAAGUGCACACGCUUCGAAUAGAAAUACAGGAUCUGGAGAAUCAAGCCGUGACGGAGGCGGAGACAUGGCGGGAUCAGCUGCUCCAGCUAGAGGAGCAACUGGUCCUACAGAGCAGAGCGAAGCAGGAGGUGGAGGCUGAGGUCGAGCGCUACAAACAGGAGCUGCAGUACCUGGAGGAAGAGCAACAUCGAGCCAAAACCACUCUGCAGAGCAGAAUCAAGGACAGAGAAGAUGAAAUCCAAAAACUCAGGAACCAGUUGACCAACAAAACUCUCAGCAGCAGCAGCCAAACAGAGCUGGAGAAUCGUCUCCACCAGCUGACGGAGACGCUGAUCCAGAAGCAGACGAUGCUGGAGGCUCUGGGCACGGAGAAAAGCUCUCUGGUCUUCCAGCUGGAGCGUCUGGAGCAGCAGCUGAAGAACUCUCAGGGAGGACAGAGCGGCGGGCCGAGCAUCAACAUGAGCGGUCUGGAGGGACCAGUGGCCCGACAAAGAAACACACCCGUCCUUUUCAGUGAUCAGGACAGUCCAGGAGUGUAUGGCAAAGUACGCAAGGCAGCCAGCACCAUCGACCGCUUCAGCAUCAGACUGGGCAUCUUCUUGAGGCGUUACCCUAUGGCCAGAGUUUUUGUUAUCCUGUACAUGGCGGUACUGCACCUUUGGGUCAUGAUUGUUCUGCUGACUUACACACCAGAAAUGCACCAUGGUCACCCUGAUGGAAGAUAGGAGGCUUAAAAUUUAGCGUUUGGUGUUUAAAAGAUGUUUGUUCUCAGGCCUUGUAAGGAUGGUACAAGCUGCUGAAAAAUGGGCUCUGGGUCCUGACUCUCCCUGAUUUGCACAGAAAUGCUAUGAAUUAAAGACAUUUCCUCUGAUUUAUCCUUUAUUUUUUACAACUGAAGAUUUAAAACUGAGAGCUGCAUUGUGUUUUAAAUGUUAACAGAGUGAUAUAUUGUAUUGGUGGUCUGCUGAAAGGAAUCAAAGGUGAUCUCACAUCUGUUUCUUCUCAUUAUCUGCUUUCAGACCUCUUGUCUCUUGAGAGAUUGUAUUUAACACUAUGUAAAAAAAAAAGAAUCUUUUAAUAAAGAAGU